AGGGGUGCCCCCGCUCCCUGAGGGAAGCGUCGCCAUAACGCGCACCGGGGCUGGGAUGGGCUUCCAGCAUGGGGAGCCCCCAGCACCCCGAUCCCUUGGGACACGGGCUGCGCCGGGCCCUGGCUGAGCGUCCCCGAAAGAAGCAGCGGCCGCCCCUCCCUCACCACGGGGAGAGAUCACCCAUGCUGGAAUUGAGCAGUGAUUCAAAAGGAACACUGAAAUUCACUCUUAUCACCUACUAUUGGCUGUUGGAUGAACAGCCCUCCCCCUGCAAGCUCAAAUGCAAAGAUCAGCUGAGGACAUUAUCCUUAUGGCACCCCCUCUUGAGAUGCUCAUUUCCACUUCCUCCUCUGCACGAACAGGGUUUCCCCUAAAACCGGGCAGUGCUUGGUAGGACAUCAAACACCACGUCUGGUCCUGUGUCUGUCCACACAGAGUGGCUGGUAUGCAGCUGUUCAGGUGACCAGUUUAUUCCUCCUUUCUGAAACGCUGCAAGAAGAGUACUCCCAAGAGGCUUCCCUCCAUCAUCAAGAUGGAAACAGACUCUGGAUAUUCCUCCACAGCUGAGCUGCAGAAGCAGGGAAAGAAGCUCUCGGAUGCCUUGAGGAUCACUGCCUAUGUCUUCAGUACAGGCCUGCUCAUGUUCACUGCCUUAGUGAACACUGCUUCUUGGUUGAUGCAGAAUAUAACUUUAGGCAAUUUCUGGCAAACAGCAUGGUUGGAGUUCUAUGACCAUAUGGAGGGAGAUGAGUGGACAAUCUUCCUCGUUGGGGCUGCAGUGGUGCCUGCACUUGCUUUCUGGGGCUUCAAUGGAAUCCUUCUGGUGGCUGAUAUAACAGGAAAGCCAACUUUCAUUACUCGCUAUCGCAUUCAGCUGGGCAAGAAUGAUCCUGUGGACAGAAAGAAAGUGUGGAAAGCCAUCUACACAGCGCUGGGUAAUCAGUUCUUUGUCUCCUAUCCCAUGCUUGUGCCCAUGUUCUACAUCAUGCAAUGGUGGGAAAACACCUUCAGCAAGGAAUUACCAACCUUCCAAUGGUUUCUUGUGGAGCUAAGCAUUUUUACUGUAGUAGAGGAAAUUCUCUUCUAUUAUACACACAGGCUUGCUCACCACCCAGUGCUCUAUAAGCACAUUCACAAGAAGCACCACGAGUGGACAGCCCCCAUCGGUGUGGUCUCCAUUUAUGCUCACCCAAUAGAGCACAUAGUCUCCAACACUCUGCCUGUGAUGGCUGGCCCGAUGAUCAUGGGCUCUCAUAUUGUUUCAGUCUCAGCAUGGUUCUCCAUUGCUCUUGUAACAACAAGCAUUUCUCACUGUGGCUACCACCUGCCCCUCCUGCCAUCUCCAGAGUUCCAUGACUUCCACCACCUCAAGUUCAACCAGUGCUACGGAGUGCUGGGAGUGCUGGAUUUCCUGCAUGGCACAGACAAAAUGUUCAGACAGAGCAAAGCCUUCGAGAGACACAAGGUCCUGCUCAGCCUCACACCACUCUCUGAAAGCAUCCCAGAUCCACCCAAGAAAGAGGAGUGAACCAGCCCAGCAGCUCUUGCCCAGCCUGGUGAUGAGCAGAGUCAGAGACAAUGAUUUAUGCCAAAUAGUAUUUUAAUCAGGAAACAAAUUCUUGUCCACACAUAACAGAUCAUGAAGCUGAAGUUAAAUAUGCUGCUUUGAAACCACUGCACUUUUGUUGCCAUUGUUUUCUAUAUAAGACACUUAUAAAAAAACCUGCUCUAGAAAUCUGUUUUUAAAAUUUAAUGGUUUAUCUGUUACUUGCACUGUCUCUUGGUUCCAGCUGCCUGUGUAUGGCUCAGGGUUCUCAUUAUUAAGGUUUUAGCACCAGACUCCACAGGUGAUGAUUUGGCAUCUCUUGUCAGCACUCACUCUACAGAAACAUCAAAGUCACUCCAUCUAUGUGUGAUACAAUUAACACAAGCUUUUGUGACUCAGAGCACCUGGGACACAGGACACAACCCCGUGGAAAAUCACUGGGGCCACAGCUUUAGAAACACUCCCCUGCAUAUGCAACAAGGGCCUGACUUCCUGUGAGCAGUUGUUACGAACAGGAGGUGAGUACAGGGCUGAACUGGGGCUGCCACAGCCUCAUCACUGCUCCAGACAGCUGCACACAAAGGGAGUUACCCCUGGUGGGACAUGGAGGGAGAGCUGGGAGCUGAUGUGCUUCAUCACCUCCUCCUGCUGAGCCUCCCCUCACUCGAGACACAACCAAAGUGCUCUUAAAUUCCAGAGAUUUUCCAAGGAAAGCAGAGUCUCUGCUGUCCUGAGCUGUGUGGAGAUUAAGGAACCCCUCUAAUAAAGGGGCCAAGAAAGCAGCCCCCAGAACAAUAUGCACAUUCUCAAAUACCCACAGACCAUCCGAGACAUGCUGUGAAUUCUCUCAAGGAUCUUCCUAAGCCUCAGUCCUGCCUGUGAGGCCUGCAACAAAAACAUCACAUUUCUCCCCAGUGCUAGAGCAGCCCCUCGAGGAACAGGCACACAGGGCUGACCUGUGCUGCACUGACCAUGGGUCAGCCCAGCUCUACCUGUGCAACCAAAGCCACUUCCCCUGCUCCUCUCCAGUCCCCACAAUGAUGAACCCAGCCCAGUUACCUGGCACGGUUCCCUGGGGAGGGCAAUUCAGCAGAACAGAAAAUCCAGGCACCACUGUCUUUUGAACUUUUUAUUUUUAUACAUUUUUUUGUAUUAAAAAGGAAAAAGCAUAAUUACCACAAAUUACAAAGGACUAAAGCAUUACUAGAAUAAUGAAUCACAUCAGCCUAGAAAGCAGAUACUCUGAAUAAUAUUAAUGUUAUAAUACAAGCUCUCAUUCAAGUAUUUUACAUUUUUCUCUUUUCCUUUUAUACGUGAUGAUGAUCCUAGCACAUGGGUCAAAGAUUAUGUACUAUCGACAGAGAUGGAUCAUGUACAGCAGGCCGUAUUAACAAGAUUUUCCUCCCAAGUGAUACAUGGUCUGUGAUGAGUCAUUUUAAGUUUGUCUCUACUAUAAAUGCAGCUGAAGAAGGUUGCACACACUCUCUAGUUUUGGGAAACAGAAGGCUGAGGUUGGACACACAGGGUUUGAGAAGGGCCAGCACAUGGAACCAUCACCCCUUUAGCUCCAGGCGAGCGAGCAGAAGGCUGCACUCGCUGGCACGCAGCUCAGUGGGUGUCUCUGAGCCACAGAUCCAAAGGUUUCCAAGCCCAGUGGGACCAGGACAGGCUGGGGGGGAAGAUGGGGAGCAGGGCUGCACCAGGGAGGCUUGAGGGACCAAGUGGUGCCAAGCACCCCCUCCCACGAGGGGCACCACUGGCACGAGCCACCCCGGUGCAGGGCUGCCAGCUGGGGAGAGCAGGAGGACAGCGUGGGGAGCUGGAGGGACCCCAGCACGCUCCCCAGGGGCCAGCUGGCACCCAGGGCACCCCCUGCUCCUCUGGAGCUUCCCACCAAGGGGAUGUGCUUGUCACAGAUACAUCGGUCCUAUGUUCAAGUGUCUGCAGAAAGUGAAACUGUAAACUACUCCUGGAAAUGCUGCCCUCCAGCCAGCCGCUCCACAACACCGAGAUGAACGUUUGCUUAGAAAAAGAAAAAAUGAAAGAAACUCUUUUAUCUGUUACCUGUAUUGGAAUCUUUUAAAAAAGUCAGUGAGGCAUUUAACAUCAAGUGUAACAACCCUCUCAGGAAGAGCCCCGCAUUCAUUUCAAACAGUGACAAGUGACAUAACCAGCCUCAGAGACAGGAGACAAUAAGCAUUGCAAACACAGCUUGCUACAUUUAGAGUUUUCCUUUUUUUUUUUUUUUUUUUUUGUUCCUUUU